GAAGCUUAAGUGAUUAUUAUUUUUAUUUAUAUUCUUAUUUCUCCAUUUAACGCCCACUGUGGAGUAAUAAAGCAGCAGUAGUUAAAUAGCACAUUUGCAGUUGAUAGAAGUAGCAGCAAUUAAUCGCUGGAUCAAAGGAACAGAACUACCUUUUCAAUCGUUUGACACCUGCUGUACCACGUGAGUGCCUCACUUUCAUUAGAAUGUUUUUGUUGUUGUUACACCAGAAAGUGUGCCAGUUUUACUUACACUUAUACAGAAAUGAGUAACGAUGUUCGAAAGGAACCAGUUGCCCAACGUAAACAAUACUUUUACCAACAUACCAAGCAAGUUGCUGCGGAAUUCUGCGAGACAACACCAAUUCACGGAAUUAGUCAUUUGAUCGGUCGAAACAAACUGCUGGUUGAGAGGAUAUGGUGGAUAUUAUUGUUCGUACUCUCGCUGUACUUCUGUCUUAUCUACAUGUAUUCUAUUGUUGAAAAAUGGCUCGACAAUCCUAUUAUAGUGAGCUUCGACCGAGACCACUCUUCGAUUUAUUCCGUUCCUUUUCCUGCGGUAACUAUCUGUCCUGAAACAAAGGUCAAAGCUUCGGUUCUGAAUGUGAGUCACACAUUUCAGUUGGUUCGUAGUGGUAAACUGAAUGAAUCCAUGGAUGGAGAACGGGUUCGUAAGCUACUGGCACUACUUCAGCUAUGUGAACAUGAUCUCUACGAUCGAAGCGAAACAGCCACUGAAGAUAACGAUAUGUUAAAGUUAUUGAGAAAAAUGGCUAUUCCGUCCUUCGAGAUAUUCCAAUCGUGCUUCUGGAAAGGACAUCCGGUGGAGUGUUUGGAUGUGUUCAAGACUUCACUCACUGAAAAGGGGUUUUGCUACAGCUUUAAUACUAUUGCGAAUAACGAUUUGUUGCGGAACGAAGAGUUGGAUCCAAGUUAUGCUUUUAAUUCGGAAAAACGAGCUUCCCAUUGGAAUCUGGAUUUCGGAUAUCAAACAGGGGUAGGCAUCAAUGCCUUUCCACAUAGAGUAAUUACGGGAGGAUAUCUCGGUAGUUUGGCGGUGUCUCUUUUGGUAAACAAAAGCGACGUCGAUUAUUUUUGUGGGAAUUCAUUUCAGGGUUUCAAAGUAAUUCUUCACAUGCCGAACGAACACCCGCAGUUGAUGCACCAAUUUUUCCGAAUCCCACUGAACAAAGAGUUGAUCGUAACGGUAGUCCCGCAUGUGACGUCAAUCGGGCCGCGGGCGCAGCAAUAUCGCCCUGAACAAAGGCAUUGUUUUAACUCUAGAGAACGUCAUUUACGUUUCUUCCAGAUAUACACCCAGAAAAAUUGCGAAAUAGAGUGUCUAACCAACUACACUCUAAAGCUGUGCGGUUGCGUUCGCUUUUGGAUGCCUCGCUCUCCGGGAGCACCGAUUUGCGCACUCCGUGAUAGUCCCUGCUGUAGGAAGGCGCUUUCCUUGGUGCACAAACUACAAGCAAAGGCUGAAGAAGCUGAGGAUAGCGAUCUGCCGAAGCAAUUUUGCAAUUGUUUGCCCACGUGCAACAACAUCGAAUAUCACUGGCAGGUUUCACAGGCCGCUUGGGAUUGGCAGAAUGAUCGUUUGGUUGCAGUGUCUCCCGUACUAGAGAACGUUCAUCAAUCUAAAAUGAUAAUCUAUUUCAAGCAAACCAACUUUAUUUCGGUCAAACGAAACGAAAUAAUCGGUCUGAGUGAUAUGAUUGCCAGCCUCGGAGGGUUGCUGGGACUCUUUAUGGGAGUCAGUAUCCUGAGUUUGGUGGAAAUGUGCUACUACUGUACGCUCAGGCCGUACGCUUUGUGGAAGAUUUCUCAGAAGAGGAGAGCUGCCAGCCGGAGCAACCGUCUUCAAAAGAAACGCUCCAACGAGCAAGAAAUGCGAUAGUAUAAUAAAUCAUUAGAAUUA